AUGUCGAGGCACAGACCUUCUCUUGAGAGUAUCAAGGAAGAGAAGUCGCCCUCGAAGAUUCCAAAGUUCGCCUGCGCCCCUCAAGCCUCCCUUCGUCACACACAGUCUGCGCAAGUGCUUCGCACACCUUCGCCACUCAAGCAGAAGCCGUCAAUGGCUGGCUUGAGGACGCCAGUGUCGAACGCGAGGCACAGAGAUGUUAUGCCUGUUUUCCUGACCAAAGAAGCGCUUACACCAGUCGCAGCAUUCGAUACCAACGUACGACUCGAUAGCAUGGAGAAGAUGUUCACUUCGCUGAAGAGCGAAAUGGUGAAAGUGAACCAUUCGAAAGAAGCGAUAGAAACGUCCCUAGAAUUGUACAAGACACAAGCAGCUGAAUUGCAAGCCGAAAAGCGAGACUUGGCUUCUCAAUGCAAGACUCUCUCUUCCGAUCUCGAACGAGCGCGCACCGAGCUGCACACAACCUCUACUGAUCUGCGACAAGUGCGACGAGACCACGAACGCGAGUUGCACGAUCUCGAGCGAAAGGAGCGUGAAAAAGAAGCAGAUCGAUUAGCGAGGGAGAUGGAGGAAGCAAAGAAUGCAUGGGAGAAGGAGAAAGAUCGCGAGAUUACUGACAUGACCACUCAGCAUUGGGACGAAUUGGACCAAAUAAGAACAGCGCACGAGAAAGAGCUAUCAGAUCUGCGAGCCAAAGUGCAAGAGCUUGAAGAGGCAGGUGAGAGUCGCGCGACUGAGUCGGCCUCUGAAGUGCAGCUCUUGAGAGACACAGUAGCCAGCGCUCAGAGCCAGUUGGAUGCAAGCAAUGCUACGAUCGCCAGCUUGAGGAGUAGAAUCACCACAUUCGAGGCCAGAAUUUCGACAUUGGAACAGGAGAAGAAUUCUCUGAUUUCGAAGGCCCAUUUCUUGGAAGGCAACCAGGAAGCACAAAGUCAGGAAUUUACUGUCAUGCAGCAAAAGAUGGAGGAAGCUAUUGCAUUUAAGGAGGCCACGGUCGAGACUUUGCGCAAAGAAGAAGCCCUGCGAAGAAAGUUGAAUGCCAUGAUUUUGGAGUUGAGAGGCAACAUUCGCGUAUUUGUGCGAACACGACCGCUUCUAGGUGGAGAGGAUGAUGCUGCCAAAGUCGAAUAUCUUGACCAAGACUCUCUCGAGGGGUGCAAGGAGAUGGUUGUGCAUGCGCCGACUACGCAAACUGCAACCGGCAAGCAGAGGAAUGAGAAGCACCAGUACGAAUUUGAUCGAGUGUUCACACCCGGAACGCCCAAUCCAGCCGUCUUCGAAGAAUGUAGGGAUCUGAUACAGUCCGUGGUCGAUGGUUACAAUGUCAGCAUCCUGUCUUACGGCCAGACUGGCAGCGGAAAGACGUACGGUAUGACAGGUCCAGAAGGUAUCAUCCCAUCUUCGAUUAGAAUGCUGCUCUCCGAGAUGGGUCGUCUCAAAGAAAAGGGCUGGAAGUACGCCGUCGAAGCCAAUUUCGUUGAGGUGUACAACGAGACUUUGAACGAUUUGCUUGGCGACGCCAAGACCUGGGACGAUACCGAUGACCUGGGCGCAAGUGUUCGAGGCAAGAAGAAAGAGAAGCACGAAAUCCAUCAUGACGCAGCCACCGGAAAGACGACUGUGACCAACUUGACCACGAUUGAUGGCGAGCAGACCGUCUCAUAUACCGAAAAGGCCGUAAACAAUCUCCUCGAGACUGCGGCCAAGAAUCGUCGUGUGGCCGCCACAAAAGCCAAUGAGCGCUCGUCUCGAAGUCACAGCAUCUUCAUGCUCACCUUGAAGGGAUCCUGCUCAGCUUCGGGCGAGCACAGCGAAGGCGUGUUGAACCUCGUUGAUCUGGCAGGUUCGGAACGACUAAAGCAAUCAGGUGCCGAGGGGAGCCGGAUGAAGGAGACUCAAGCUAUCAACAAGUCCUUGUCUAGUCUUGGUGAUGUAAUCGCGGCGCUCGGAAAUAAGAGCGGCAACAGCGAAGCUCACGUUCCCUACAGGAACUCGAAGGCAAAGAGUCGCGCCCUUAUACAUAAAUUGACUUAUCUCCUACAAUCGUCUCUCGGAGGAACAACGGCCGGCAAAUCAUCACGAACCCUAAUGCUGUUGCAUCUCAGCCCAUUGCAGGCCCAUUGGCAGGAGAGCAGAAGCAGUCUAUUGUUUGGAAGCAAGGUGCAUGGCACUCACAUUGGAACAGCAAAGAAACGAUAA